GUGUGUGGGUGUGUUGCCCUCUCCAGGCUUCCGUAGGAUUCCUUCACUGUCCGUGUGUUUGCGGUGACAGACCAGCAUCGCCGCGCGCCCAACUAUGGACGAGAUCAACAACAUUGAAGUCGUUCCUUGCACAGAGUCCGAUUACCUGAAGCCGUUCAGGGUGCACUACAACCAGAAUGGCACAAAAAAGUCCUGGGACUUCAUGCGAACCCACGACAGCGUGUCCGUGCUGAUAUUCAACACCACCUCCCACUGUUUUGUUCUUGUCAAGCAGUUCCGUCCAGCUGUAUACAUGUGCGAGUGGGAACGGACCAAAACGCAGCCAUGUGAGGCCGCCGAAAAAACGGAGGAGGGGGCCAGCGAAGCGGUCGCCUCGGGCUCGGAGAGUCGGGAAGAUCGGGCUGACGCAGAGGGGGGGAGCUCGUCCGCGUGGCCUCCGGCGGCCACGGGCAUCACGUACGAGCUGUGCGCCGGGCUGGUGGACAAACCCGACCUCUCCUUGGAAGAGAUCGCCAGACAGGAAGUGUUGGAAGAAUGCGGCUAUGACGUACCGGCUUCCAAGCUCAAGCGGAUUACUUCUUACAGGUCCGGCGUGGGAGUCACGGGGUCCAAGCAGACCAUGUUUUAUGCCGAGGUAUCCGACGACAAUUGCGUGAGCGCGGGCGGAGGUGAGCCUCGGGAGGGCGAGCUCAUUGAGGUGGUCAAAGUUCCGUUGCACGAAGCCAUGACCUUUGCCUACAACGAGCGCAUUCCCAAAACCAUGGGCGUCAUCUUUAGCUUCAUAUGGUUCCAUAACAAUAUGUCUCCCAAGUACAAGAUCUCCACCAACGUGUAACUAGCGUUAACUUUUAUGUCAAUCGCCGGCCCAGCGCAGCCACUCACUUCCACACGCCAUCGCCCCCCCCCCCCCCCCU